AUGUCGAUUCCUGGAAGCGAGACAGACUUCACAGGCUUCUUCCAUGCAGCCAUUGCCCACCUAGCGUGCCGACCAGACUGCAGCAGCCAAUGGUGGCAGUUCGAGAAGGAUCCUGCAGUCAAGGCAACCUGGGCAGCGCUGGGGCUUCAACAGCCCAUGCCAAGGAUGGAAGAUGUGCUGGCAGCUCGCCCAGACCUGUUUAGCCGAUCCCACAACGGCAAGAACAUGGUCCUCAAGCUGCAGGCACUCGGUCUCUCGUGCCUACCGCCAGCAGCCAUCCCACCCCUGGGCACUGCACCUCCAAGCCCACUGGUGCCGGGCACGAACCAGGGCCCUGCGGCGAAGUGGGGAGGUCCCUGGGCGGGCAGAGCAGGAGGCUACAUGAAAUCGGGCCCGGAGUUGCCUCGGCAGCCCCUCUUUGGCGGGGAAGCUUUGGAGGGCGACGUGCUGGAGUGGAAGGGCAAGUUCGGCUGGAUUAAACCGCUCCAGCCGAUCGAUCAUCCUCUGGCAUCCCGGAACAAGUCUCGCAUCUACGUGCACGUGAAGGACCUCGCCGACGGCUUGCAGUCCCUGACCGCUGGGCAGCGUGUGGCUUUCCAGGCAUACACUGACGACAGUGGCAUCGGUGCAGAGGCAAAUCGAGAGCAGUCCGACAUUCGUGUCCCGCAUGGCAUCAAGUAUACUGGCCAGUGGAAGGGAGACAAGCGUGAUGGCCAGGGCUUGCAGGAAUGGCCGGAUGGCGCGCGCUUCGACGGUCAGUGGCGAAAUGGCUUAGCAGAGGGCUUUGGAAAGUUCAUACACGCCGACGGCGACGUCUAUGAAGGGCAGUGGAAGGAUGACAAAGCCAACGGAGAAGGCGUCUACCACCAUGCCGACGGCUCCAGGUACGUUGGCGAGUGGAAAGAUGAUCAGAAAGAGGGUCAUGCGAUGGAGGAGUGGGCAGACAAUUCCCGCUUCGAGGGAGAGUAUCGUGCCGGCAAAAAGCACGGGCAUGGAACAUUUACCUGGCCAGAGGGUUCCUCGUACGAGGGCGAAUUUCAGAACAAUGAGAUACACGGUCAGGGCACGUACUUCUGGAAUGAUGGGCGUGUGUACUGUGGGCAGUGGGCGAACAACAGGAUGAGUGGCCAGGGCACGUUCACGUGGAGAGACGGCCGGAAGUACAUUGGCAGCUACAUGCACGACAAAAAGGAUGGACACGGAGUGUUCACGUGGCCAGAUGGACGAGAAUAUGUCGGUGACUGGAAGGAUGGCAAGCAGCAUGGCAUUGGAGUCUUCAAGACCGCCAAGGGCGACUAUCGCCGCGGUGAGUGGAAGGAUGGCAGUCGCAUCCGCUGGAUCUCGGAGGCGUAUCGGGAGGAUGGGCAGCAGCCUGGCUCUCCUUCAGCUCCCCAGGAUGCAGCGCAAAACACUGCGGCUUGA